CGCUACGUGCACGGGAAGGCAGGCGGUUCAGGUGACAAAGGCUGUGCGUCACAAAGGAACGAGAGAGAGUGAGCAGCGCUCAGGCGAAUGCAAAGUUCAUACCAGCGCAAUUCACUUCACUAAGGACUGUGAACGGCUGCCGAAUACAUUAAGUCGACAAAAACCGGACAAAACUCACCUGUAAUUGUGAGUCGUAACAACUGAAAAACGUGAAAUACUACAUACAAACUGACAAGUCAGAGAGGUAGGAAGCAGAACAGACAAGCCGGUAGAGUGAGACUGUGAUGAAAAGAUUGGUCAAACGGAUGUAGCAGGAAGUCUCUAAGAUCCUCUAACAGCUUUGCUCAACAAAAACCUUCUGCUUCUAACAGACUCAAAAUCCUUUAGGAGCUGACCAUGAACCACCUGGGGCUCCCUGGAAGCCAUGCCAAUGGGCUGGCACGAUCAGACAGUGGAGUUACAAAGAUGAGCGCCAAGGCUUUAUACGAGCAGCGGAAGAAGUAUUCCAACUCCAAUGUAAUCAUGCAGGAGACAUCACAGUACCAUGUUGAGCACUUAUCCACUUUCAUGAUGGACAAGAGUGAGUCCAUUACCACUGUGGAUGAUGCUAUUAAAAAGCUCAUCUUGCUGGAUUCAAAAAACAAGAUUUGGACCCAGGAAAUGCUGUUACAAGUUACUGACAAGGCUAUACGACUACUGGACUGCGAGACACAGGAAGAACUUGAAAACUUCCCUUUGUCCACCGUCCAUCUAUGCCAGACAGUGCUGAACCAAACGCGUUAUCCAUCUGUCCUGCUGUUGGUGUGUCAGGAUUCAGACCAACACAAGCCUGAUAUUCACUUCUUCCACUGUGAUGAGGUUGAGGCGGAGAUGGUUCAUGCUGAUAUUGACAGUGCCCUGGGAGAUAGUAAGCAUGGAAAGAAGAUGAGACCACAAACUCUCAAGGUAAACCAGGAGAAAAUAAAGCGACAUCGAGAGUCCAUUCUUCCACCAACAUCUCCCAAAACAUCACCCAUCAAGGAUGUAAGAAGUCAUGUUGUUGCUUCUAGUGCAAGCGAAAACAGAGAGAGACACAGAUCUAUCACUGGCUCACAAAAUCUUGAAGAGUCUCAUGGAAAUCUAGCACAAAGAAUAGAGAAGGAUGUGCAAAUUUUGAACUGUGCUUUGGAUGACAUUGAGAUCUUCAUGGCACGGCUGCAGAAAGUAGCAGAGGCAUUCAGUCAGCUGAACCAGCGCAAAAAGAGCAAAAAGAACAAAAAGAAAGGUCCAGCAGAGGGAAUGCUAACUUUGAGAGCAAAGCCUCCAGCACAGGAAGAAUACACAGAUAGCCUGCAGAAAAUCAAGCUGGCCUUUAAUUUGCUGGCAAAGCUAAAGAGGCAUAUCCAGAAUCCAAGUGCUGCUGAAUUGGUGCAUUUCCUAUUUGGCCCAUUAGAAAUGGUGCUCCAGAGCUGUGGAGGUCCAGAACUUCCUCGCUCCAUUCUUAGUCCUCUGCUGUCCAAAGAUGCAGUUGACUUCUUGAGGGGGCACUUGACUCCAAAGGAGAUGAACAUUUAUGAGAUGCUGGGAGAAGCUUGGACAUGUUCCAGAGCUGACUGGCCAAAAGAUCACUUUGUUCCUCCCUAUGUACCAAAGUUUCGGAAUGGUUGGGAGCCACCACUAGAAAAUUUCAGGGGUGUACCUUGGGAACUGGAUGGGCAGAACAUGUCAGAGACUGUGGCAGAUCAUCAGCAAGAUGAGUCAGCCAUCUUGCCUUACAUCCCUUCAAAUGGAAAUUAUGAAGCACAGGGAAUUGGUCAGCCAAAGAAAUAUGCCAAGAUUCUCUACCACUUUGUGGCCAGAAAUGCCAAUGAACUAUCAGUUUUACAAGAUGAAGUGUUGGAGGUGGUAGAGGAUGGUAAACAGUGGUGGAAACUAAGGAAUCGAAGUGGACAGACAGGCUAUGUGCCAUUUAACAUUCUGGAUGUCAUGAACUUAGAGGAGUCACAAGUCACGCAAGAAUCCCACUACAGCCAGUCAAGUCAGCGAUACAUAAGACAAGACAGCUUUGAGAUGGGUGGUCCACGGCACUCCCCACGAGACAUUAAGGAUCAACGGAUUCAUCAAAUGGAUGAGGUCAACGAUGAACUCAUCAAAAGAAUCACCACCAGUAAAACACAGCAACCGUCCCGCAACUUUAAGGUGGAACGGCCACAAAGUACUCAUGUGCCACUCUCACAUAAUUCUGGCAUAGAGCAGGUGCGAGCCUGGCUUGAAUCUAAGGGCUUUUCCAAAACGACAGUUCAGAGCCUUGGCAUCCUGACUGGGGCACAAAUAUUUUCUCUCAAUAAAGAGGAGUUGAAAUCAGUGUGUGGACAAGAAGGUUCACGGGUCUACAGCCAGAUCACUGUGCAAAAAUCCAUGCUAGAGAGCAGCCAAGGAGAUACAGAGCUUCAAGAGAUCAUGAGACGCCAGCAAGAAAAAAUUGAAUCAGUCAGCAAGGAUUAAGUUCCAUCUACUUGUUCUCUGUUGCCCAUCUGCCUAUCCAUAGGUGAUUUGUCAACAGCACCAGAUCACCCCACUGCCUUGAGCUUCAUUUCUAAAGUUCAGUCCGAUUGGCAAAAGGGCAUAAAUAAUGCGAGAGCUACAUUUAACUCAAAAGAAGAGUGCUGGGUAUUUGUGUUGCCAUGUCAGAGGUUGUUCAAGUGGGAGUAACUAUGUAAUGUAUUUAUUUAUGUGACAAAUAAAAAGACCAGUACUUCAUUAGAUGCAGCAUAAAUUAGAGGUAGCAACAUGUAAAAACCUGAUGAACAGCCUCUACUCACAUGAAUGUAAUAUUGAUAUAGAAUUGUCAACAGACAGAAAGAUUACUAAAAUUAUAUUAUUUAACACUUCAUACCUUUAUUUUCUCAAUCUCUGCCCUGUUGCCAUGCUGUCUGAUAAUGCUUUUUCAUACAAAGUGAUUUAGAAAUAAUAGAAUUAGGUGAAUUUCCUGUUUGUCCUUUUUAAAACAAAAAAAUGUUCCUGAAAAUAGAAGAUACCUGUUAUUCAAUAUUGCUUUUAUAUUUUAUAAAAUAUAAAAUCAAAAAGUACUUGGAAGUACUGUGCAUACUGCAGUACUAGAGUUGCCAUAUUAGGUCAUCCUGAAGUGAUUUAGUAAAAGUGGAAAAGAAUAUUUUUCAUCGUUUCUCAAACAUGCUGAUUUUAGUAGAUAAAUCUAACCAGUCUGAAGCUAACAUAUAGAAAAUGAUCAUCUCUCUCUUCUAGAUCAUUUGUUCUUUUUAGCUAAAGAUGUAUAAUUUAGAUAAACACCUAACUAAAGGUUUUAUAGUCAGAUUUCAAAAGGGAAGAAGUCUAAAAUGCAUCUUCCUUGGGUGCAGUAUGUGCAACAGAUCACUGUAACUGUGACAGAUCAGGCAGUUUCUUAAAUAUUGAAAGUCAUUAUUUUACAUAUCAGUUUUAAGGAAACAAUAAUUCAUCAGGUAUGUGACUAAUACUCUUUGAUGCCAUCAACAAAGUGAAAGAUAAGGCCCACACUUUAUUUCUUUUCAAAUGCUGGAAUUUUUUCUAAGUAGUAUCGCUAUUUUUGAUCAUUGCAGCCACACAUCUAGUCAUGCUCAAUUUGUUGUUUAUUCAAUGGUUCACUGAAAGCAGCACAGAUUUUUUCCCAAUAUAUUGUCUAUAUAAAAAUUAUAGUACUAAUAAAAUGUAUUAUCUUAAAUAAAUCACUGGUUCCUAACCAGAAUCUGUAUUUGUCUGCA